GAUACAAGCUCAAAAAGACACGACACACAGAAGAUUCACAGCACUUCUAGAGAUCCAUUCUCCUCCUGCAGCAUGAUGAAGAUCUGGGUUCUCCUUCUACUGGUGGCGGCGGCCAGCGCCAAGCGGUUCACAAGAUGUGAACUGGCGAGAACCCUGAAAGCAGCUGGAAUGUCCGGGUAUAAAGGCGUCAGUCUGGCUAACUGGGUUUGCUUGGCCAAUGCAGAGUCCAGUUACAACACUCAGACCACAAACCGUAACACUGAUGGCUCAACGGACUACGGCAUCUUCCAGAUCAACAACCGCUGGUGGUGUACCAACGGCCAGUUCCCCAGCCACAACGGCUGCCGCGUCUCCUGCAGCCAGCUGCUGUCUGAUAACAUCUCUGCUAGUAUUGCCUGUGCCAAGACCAUCGUGAGUCAGCAGGGCAUCACAGCAUGGGUGGGCUGGCGUAACCGCUGUAGGAAUCGUGAUGUGAGUCAGUACAUCGCAGGCUGUGGAGUGUAAAUGAACCCAGAGAGAUGCAGCUCAAGCUGAAACUGUUGCAGCUCUUCAGACCGUCUUAUAACAGGAUUUAGUUUUCCCAGAAACUCUUUAAUGGCAGUACUGCUAUUGCUUUAUUAUACAAUCACCAGUAGUCAGAAAGUAUCUCAAAUUAUACUCCAACAUGACCUUAGAUUUUGCCAACCCAAAGCUUUUUGCUUGCAAACAUUAUUGCAUAUAUUUUUGAAAGAAAAAUGCUAUGAAACGCUGAAGGCACACGCAUAAAUCAACUGCAAGUUACAAUAAAGCAUAAACUGACCACUAUAUGUUGUGUACUGGGUCUUCAUCUGUGUCAAUAAGCCAAGAUUUUGAGAGU